AUGGAGGCAUUGGCGGCGCCCGGGGUGUUCAAUUUCCUUGCCCUGGCGAUCGAGCUGCCACCGUCAGACCCCAGAUUACGCAACACCAUCGAGAUUUUCAGUCUCGGCACCUUACUCCACUACCACCGCCACCGCGACCACUGUCUCGACCUCGACGCCACCCUCGCCGCCAAAUUGCUCCAGCUCACCCUCAUCAGCAUCUCCAACGAGUGUGACGGCCUCAAAGUGCCUAUUACUCAAUUAGCAGAGCAGUACGGCAUCCCCACCACCGUCGAGCUCGACCGCGCCAUCAUCUACAUGGUCGACCACAAGUACGUUGACAUGACUAUUGCCGGCGAUAGUCUUGUCAUCGGGCCUGCUUUAGUGUACAGGGAUCUGUAUGACCCUGAAAUCUAUCAGCUACAGUUAUUACUGGAGGAGGAGGUGGCGGCACGGCUGGUACCUUUAGCUAAGGACAACCUCCAGCACUGGUUCGACCACCAAGUCGCCCCUCUACGCCAGGAGUUUGUCGCCAGCAGCAAGAAGCGGAAACCAAGUCAAUAA